AUGCUCUUCAGCAAUAUGGAUGCGGGCAGUGAGAAGAACGGCAUUAUCGCCGACGCGAAUGCCGAACCUACAUCAGGAAAGAAUACGGAUAGGGUGGAGGAAGUACUGUAUCACGAAGAACUGGACAAUGACCCGGAUGGCGAGUUCUUCUCUGGUGGCGGUGGUUUGUACAUGGAGAGUGACAUGAAAUUUGUCAUCGACCUCGGCAACGAUGACGAUGAUGUCCCCAUUGCUUCUUUUACCGCACAGUCGGAGUUCGACUCCUUGCCUGGUCACCGCUGUGUUCCCGACGAAAUGACCCCCAGGCAGCAAGCCGACAAUGCCAAUAACGAGUCCGUCACUUCACAGCACCAGCAGCAACUGCCCCGGAACGGGUACCCCGCCUCUACGGGAAACGGUAGCACACAUUCAGAUGUUUUUUUGAUUUCCUACAGCAGUUGGACGAACCAUGUGGCCAACGAUAGCGCAGCUGGCGAGAUGUCACCGGGAGUCUCCUCCUUGGAUCCGGCGGCGGCGGCGGGGGGGGGUGGUAUGAUGUCACCGCAGCAACCACCGCAGCAACCACCGCAGCAGCUGGACGAACCCUUUGGAGGGAAUUCUUUUGAAAAGGAUGCGGCAGGCUCCAAGUCCAGGCAGCAUCCGCAGGAUGAAAUACGCAGCAACUUGUUCGUAUCGGGUCUUCAUUUCAGCGUGACGGACAAGGAGUUGUACAAUCAUUUUCGCCCCUACGGUGAGAUUGAAUCGGCAAAGGUCAUGCUGGACAUCCACACAGGGAAGAGUCGCGGCAUUGCUUUUGUAAAAUUUAAGGAGGUCGCUGAUGCCGCGAAGGCUGCAGAUGACAAGAAUAAUUCCAUCUUUCACGGGGAGACGAUCGCCGUGCGCGUAGCCAAGCCGCACGCCGCUUACCGCCCCGGCGCGCCCACGAACAAGACCUUUGUACGGAACAUCCCACUCAGUGUGAAGAAGGCAGACCUUAUUCAACACUUUGGGCGCUAUGGUGACGUAAUGGACGUCUCCAUCCAUAACGACACGGCCCAGCGGUCUUCCAACAAAAGGCGGAAUGUUGCCUUUAUCACCUACACAACAAUGGAGGCAGCCGCGAAUGCGGCAAAAGAGACGCACACUAGUACACCUUUUUUGGAUUGUGAGGGCGUACCGCUGCUUGCGAAGGUUGCUGAGGACUCCGCUCACCGUACCGAACGUCUUGCCCGACGCGGGGUCGGCCGCCAUGGCAAUCUCAAGAACAGCAUAAACAGCGCGGGUAAUAGUGUCACUAGUUACAUACAAGGGCCGCCGCCUCCGCACACACCAGGCGCAGGGUCGCAGAAGGCGUUGGAGCAGACCUUUUCAGCUAGCGCGCCUGUGUACCCCUUUAUGCCGCCGCUGGGAGGAGCACCUGUCCUUGCCGAUCCGUACUCUGGGAGUGCCGCAGCCCCGACAUUUUAUGCCGCCCCGUUUAUUUCAGUGCCGCCAGGGCACACUGGAGCCCCGCCUGUCUUCCUUGUUGGUCCAGAAUCAAGACCGGCCGUGUUUGCACCCCCGCUGUCAUACUCUGUGAUAGGCAAUUCCAUGCCGACGAUGGCGCCAAUGAGUCCCUUGACGGAUACGAUACCUGCCGCAGCCCCGGCGCCGCAGAUGAUGAUGUAUCCCCCCGGAACUUCUCCAGUGAUGGCGCCACAGUCGACUUUUUUUUGCUAUUUACCAAACGGACAGAUGACGCUUGCUGCAACGCAGCCGCAGUAG